AUGUGGCCAUCUGUGCCAGAUACUUUGCCACGCGCAUGCAAGCAAGCAUGCAAAGAAUCCCAUGAUCACCAAUGCAACUGCAGCAGUCAACCAAGACCAGCACCAGCGAAGAAAAGCGAGCUCAAGGAAGACGAGGCAAGCAGAAUUCAAAGGUUGGUUGAGGAUCUUGAGAAGGCCGCUAUCGCUGGCGAGUUUUCUCGCCGUCCACCGCCGCGGCAUGGGCCAGGUAACAAAAGAAAUAUCCCUGCGAAACAAGGACUCGGGGGGCCUCAAUACCCGCGACGCAAUGGUGGCCGAAAGAAUUUCUUCCGCGAGCAGACACUGCCCUCACCAAGCAACAAUGCCCAAAUCGCUGAUAAUCGGCAAAAGUGGCAGGAAUUCGCGAACGGUGGUGCAAAGGUGAUGGAUGACCAUAUGAAUACUCUGGCUCGUGCAACGGAUCCGAAUUCAGAAGCUGUCAAGCAUGCAGUUUCCAGUCUCGAGAAGUCUCUCCUUCCUAGGAAUUAUUGGCCGCUGAAGGAGAGUCUGGAGCUCGAGAAGCAAGGGGUGCUGGAGGGCCUCCCGAAGACUGAGGAGCAACUGAAGCCUCAGCAGCCCAGUGAAAGCCAGCAAUCCGAGACUCCGACGAAGCCCGAGGUCCCCCAAGGCAAUUUGAUCGACUUGGAUUAA